AAUCCAAUUGAGCUUGACAUUUCGGAAGAAAACAAACGAAGUUGCUUUGACAUUUGGAAAUAAAAAUAUUCGAAUAAAAAUCUGUCGCUUGUUUUAUUUAGUUUGAUUUAUUGGUUCAAUCGAGGCUAUCGCAUUGAAAUAUGACCACAACGAGAGCGGUUCAUCAAUGUUUGUUUUGUCCUCAAACAUUCGGAAGUGCCGCUGAAAAAGAUGACCACGUUCUAGAGCAUUUCACUCAAGAGACUUGCGCCGACUGCGAUCAAAACUUAAUUCGAAUCGGUUCCAAUUUGUAUACUGUACACAAUGCGGUUACAUGUAUCAAGGGAAAAAUCAAAUCCGAGGAGCACAUUGAAUCGUGUUUUGUUGACACUGUUAUUUCGGAGACAGUCGCCGAAUAUGAGACACGAAUCAAAACCGAACCCAUCAGCACAGCGUUCAAUGAACGUGUAUCAUUGAACAGAUUACUACCGAUGGAAAUGCCUCCACUCGCACCUAUUAGAGAAAUGCCACCUCUAGUUCCCAUUGGAGCUGUUCACUAUCCUGAAAAUCCUCACUCGAUCCACCUAGAAGAAAUAACCAUCAAAGAAGAACCAGCUAUGCAUCACGAGCAAAAAGAUCCUUCAACGCAUACAGUCGAUGCAAUCGAUAAGCAACCACUACCGAGUACAGAACCCCGAACAAGUAGAAAGAGAGGAGGACGUCACAUAUGUAAUAUUUGCGGAAAAACAUGUGCUCGAAAAGAUUCAUUACAAGGUCACAAAAUACGAAAGCAUAGUACAAACACUUAUUUUUGUAAAAUUUGUUGUCAUAUAUUUGACACCGAAAACCAAUUGAUACAGCAUAAAACUGUGUGUGAAUCAAAAAAGAAACAGCGACAUGAAUUUAGGAAAUUAAAAGAUAAGAAUGCAUCGUAUGAAUGUUACUUAUGCAGAAAAGAGUCUCCAAAUCAUGCAGCUCUAAGUGCUCACACUCGAUUGUCGCAUACUAAUCGUCAUAAAUUCAAGUGCGAAACAUGUGGAAUGCACUUUGUCACAAAGCCAAUGCUGCAAGUUCAUCAACAACGACGUCAUAUUGAAAGUUUGAAAAAUCGAAGAUUCGUGUGUAGUAUUUGCGGAAAAUCGUUGAACAGAAUGCAUAGCCUAAAGAAGCACAUGAGUCGACAUAACGAAGAAAACCUAUUCAAAUGUUUAAUUGAAGGAUGUGACGAAUGUUUUGUGCUUGCUCGCGACAGAGAUGAACACAUGCAAACUCAUACAAGUCAAUAUGGUGAACAGGCAAAUGAACAAAAACAGCAGAGUGAUUGGAGCUCCGUAUUCUUGGGCGUUCGUCCCGUCGCUAUUGAAACCAUUUGGGAAAAUGAAAUACAAAUCAAAACAGAGCCCACAUUUGAAUGUCCAGAUGAUCCAGAAGUACAAUAUGAUUACCAAAGUAAAGAAAUAGCAUCGGCAAGCAGUUCGAAGACGAGAACCGAUGAUAUAUCUAUGGAAAGGAUCGAUUUGAGGGAGGUCACCAGUGUUCAAUCAAGUCAACAUUUUCCAAAUGAAUCCAACUCCAAACGAGAGGAAACAAUGGUAAAGAACAUACGGACACCAUCAACAUCGAUUGGCAAACAGUCGUCUCAGAGCGAUAAAGGCAAGCGUAAACCCGUCGAAUGUGAUAUUUGUGGUAAAAUAUUGAGCGUACAAAGUUCACUGGCACGGCAUAAAAUACUCUUGCACAGUGACGCAACCACUUAUUUUUGUAGAUGUUGCACAAAGAUAUUUGCAACCGCAGACGAACUAGCCCAUCAUAAGCCGGAAUGCCGUCGAAGAGUAAAUGGCGGCGCAUUUGAUUGCAACAUCUGCAAAAAGACUAUACACUCACGUAAUUCCUUUCGCAAGCACAUGCAAUCGCAUAAUCCCAACAACAAGUUCAAGUGCGAAUUAUGUGGUGUACAUUUUGCACAGGAGGCAACGCUUGCAAAUCAUUAUGCGGUUCAUGACAGAGGAGCACAGUUUCCAUGUGAUAUUUGUGGAAAAAUAGUAUCUCGAGCCGAUAUACUAAGACUUCAUAAAAUUCGAAUGCAUUCGGGGACACUGUACUGCACGGUUUGCUGUCGCAUAUUCAGCACCAAAAAAGAAAUGACAGAACAUAGGUUAAUAUGUGAAUCGAAGAGGAAAAUGCAAUGGGAAACGAGAAAAAACAGAGAUGAAAAUGCAUCUUAUGAAUGUUACCUAUGCCACAAGCUGUAUUUAAAUCAAGCUGCUCUGCGUGGUCAUCUACGUUUCAAACACAGUGCAGAAGCAAUUCGAUUUAAGUGCAACAUUUGCAGGAAGGGAUUUUUCACAAAAUUUGUACUGGAUAGUCACACAAAGCGUCAUCAUCAACAGUUGAACGAUCGAAAGGUUAUGUGCACGGUUUGUGGUAAAUAUUUGGCAACAAAUUCACUUCAGAGUCACAUGUACAUCCACACCAAACAAAAGCCAUUCAAAUGUCCUCAUCAAGGCUGCCGAAAAUCGUUUCGAUCUAAAAGCAGUAUAAGUGAACAUAUGAGAAGUCACACUGGUGAGAAGCCGUUCAAAUGCACUGUCGAUGGAUGUGAUCAACGAUUUUCUUAUGCUGUGGAUUUUAGACGACAUAAAUUCAAAAUUCAUGGCAUUUUUGCAAAAAAAAUCCCGUGCACGAUUUGUGAUGCAAUUUUUCCAGAGAAUACCCUAUUGAAGGCACACAUGAAGAAACACAAUGUGUAAAAUUAGGCUAGUUUAUUCAUAUGUCAAAAAUGCAAUUGAAAUUUCCGCUAUUCCAUUAUCUAUGUUAAUAAAUUUUUCAUUAAAAAAUGAUUCAAACCAAA